GGGUACAAGCGCGCGCACGUAUGGUCCUGGUUCAAUAGCGACGAACCCUCGUCUCCAGCCGGUCUUGAAUCUUUGCGGCCGCUUCGAGAAGAGCACAUCGCUUGUAUUUUGCACCCCGGCGAAGAUCCAUUGAGUCAUCAUGUCGAGCAGCAAGUGCGUCAAGCAACCGCGGAAGACGUACACCAAGGAACAGCAUGAGAUGACGCACUCCGAGAAGCUGAGACUGAUCGACGACGAGCUCAAUUCCUUUUACAAAUAUUGUCAGCAGGCGGGCUUCACCGAGGAGGAGAUGGACAUCAUUUGCCAGCCGCUCGUAGCGGCGAUGCGUCGCUCCUGGUUGCAGCUUGUUUUUCGCGGCACCCUGGUGUUGAUAGUGCUGGGUACCUUGGCGUGUCUCGCGGCGCAGCUCGACUUCGUCGGCACGCAUUUCACCGCCCUUAGUCGUCUACUGCUGAUCAAGGUGUUGCCGAUCUGGAACUGGCAGCCGCUCUAUUACGAGAACUGUAUGAUCAACAAUCCCUUCUACAACGAUUACACCAUCACGGAGGAGGAUUGUGUGACUUGCGAGGCCCUGGAGACGAUUGAUCGUCUGUCGGACGUGCGGUAUCGCAAUCUGGUCGACAAUUAUCUGAGUCGAGACGCACCGGCCAUCAUCACCGACGCGAUGGACUCUUGGGCGGUGAUGAAUACAGAUUACUUUUGGUUCGACAACAUCACCCACCUCUACUUGGAGAACGAACGCUUGAUGGAGACGGUGCCCUGCGCUCUGACUUCCAACCUACGUACCGGGUCAUCCGAUCUUGCAGCCUUCCUACGACGGGUUCACGCGCCCGAGGUGGCCAAGUGGUUCGUCCAUUGGCAGAACUGCGACAUUAACGCCGUGAAGGUGCUCAGGAAGUACUACCAGCGUCCGUACUUCCUCUCCAGUACGGUCUCGCCGGCGCAUUUUAACUGGGUGCUCAUGUCCUCGGAUUACAACAGCCCGAGCUACAAGAAGGUCGAGCUCGACUCCGGCCUGAUCGCUCUCGCGCAACUUCGAGGAGCGACUCAGCUGCGGCUGACUCCUAUUAAUCCCUGCAACAGCUCGUGCCCGGAGCUAAUCGCCGACUUGCAUCAGGGCGAGAUGCUUGUCUUCACGAACCUGAUGUGGACGCUCGAGUACGCGCCGAUGCGCGGCCUGGAUAACAUUGCUAUACUCACGGAAACCGUCUGGGAGGAAGAUACGUAGAUUACAACAAAUGUCGUGGAUGGUUUCGUCAUCGUCAUACGAAAAAAAAUAUCCUUCUUAGUCUCUUAAUACUCUUCGACGCGGAAGCUAUCGAUAUACUUGUAUACUCGUCCCUCAUUAUUAUGAUGCGCUAAAUAAAAAUUGAGCAUCUCGGUUUCUUCAG